CAGCAUUUCCGCCUAAAGAUGGCGGAGUACAUUCAAGUGUUUCGUAGGGCUUUGGGGCAACUGGGAGGUCAUGGGGGUAUUCGCGGGCUUUUCUAUCAGUUAUUUAGAGUUAAUGACCUUAAAACAGGAGCUCUCAUUGGUGUGGACAAGUAUGGGAAUAAGUACUACGAGGACAAACGCUAUUUCUUCGGUCGCCACAGAUGGGUCAUCUACACAGAGGAGAUGAACGGAAAACGCACAGUCUGGGACGUGGAUGGCAGCAUGGUGCCAUCUGAGUGGCAUCGCUGGCUGCAUUGCAUGACGGACGAUCCACCCACUACCCACCCUCCAGUCUCCCGAAAGUUCCUAGCCGAAACCCACAAGUUCAAUGUGAGCGGCACACGUGAGCAGUAUGUCCCAUACUCCACAACCAGGAAGAAGAUUCAUGAGUGGGUGCCGCCAAAGGCUGGCUCUCAAUGAUUGCAGCUGACUUCCUUGUGACUCUCUGUCCAGAAGUUUCUGUAAAUUUCGAUUCUGACUUCUGUGAAUUGUCUCGUACAUAUUGCUUGAAAAUAAAAUGGAACG